ACGGACUUUAGUUAACUAGUAACUACCACCGACGUAUUACAUACUCCGUAUCUCUGACAAUCUACCGUUGUGGAAGUUAUCAUCUGAUUUGAAUCCAGAGAUAAGAAACUAUCUUUUAGGUACUUUGCUCGACUAACUCGGAUACCGUUGUUGAUAUGACCUACAUGUCGCGACCUACAUCAAUGCUUCCGUCAGUGUCUUCUACAGGUUCAUCUUUUCGUCAGCCAAGUACUCACCAUGCUGCGCCGCAGCAAUCGUCGGCCCUGGCAGCCCGAAUCGCGUCGAAGAAGGCCGAGCUAGAUAAUCUAAAGCAACUUCACGAAAUGAGUGGUGCGCUAGCGAUGCAAAUGCAAGUGUUAGAAGAGAAGAUAGGGACGCUUAAGGAUGGCACAGAAGCUGUUGCCUGCGUUCUUGCUAACUGGGUCAAUGUUCUGCGGUCUAUUAGCAUGGCCUCUACAGAAGCUGUAACUGUUCAAAGACCAAUAACGCAAAAUACCAACACCUUGUCUGAGGAUGAUAAAGCAGUUGAUUACCCCAUGCCUGCGACUCUAGUCCGAAUCCCAGCAGAAGCAGUAACGACGAGAGAUUAAUGCACGGCUUCUGUUAAACCUGCAGUGUUCAUUAUAAGUUGUGCCUCUUCUGGUACCGCUGUACAAAAUUAUAAACACCAUGACACAAGGCCAAUAAAACUGAUACUGAGCGCUCGUUUUAUAAACUUAAUACAUUGUUGGACUUACUAUAGUGUGGCUCAAGCAACAGGGGCAUACUAUAUACACUGAUUGUUAUCUUGUCCUGGAAAACUGACAUGACGGGUGCAUCAUUGUAUAUUUCACUCCGGCUGAAAUAGACAACGAGCCCGGUUUAUGGAUAAGUGAGUUGUUUCCUGUUUACCUGUUAAUAUAAACCGGGACAGGGUAUGCAAUUCUUGUAUAACUCAGCCAGCAUGCACACAUACCAUUGCCAAUGUCUAUAACGAGAAAUCUCGAUAUGUAUUUCCCAAUGACAUGUCUAUCCUAGAAUAGGGAGACUAGAGAGUAAGCCUGGGGAACUUAUGAACUGGUCAAAGUAGCAGAUUAACAAAG